GAGAAGCAUGGCGGCGCCCGUUGAGGAGAGCGUGGAGGCGGUGGCGAGCGAGGAGGAGGAGGCGGUGGUGGAGGUGGAGGAGGAGGCUGUAGCCGAGCAGGCGAAGACCUUCAAGGAGCUGGGCGUCACGGAGGUGUUGUGUGAGGCGUGCGAGCAGUUAGGAUGGAAGCAGCCCACGAAGAUUCAAGUGGAAGCCAUUCCCGUGGCCCUCCAGGGGAAAGACAUAAUCGGUCUCGCGGAGACAGGCUCUGGGAAGACGGGGGCCUUCGCGCUGCCUAUUCUACAGGCCUUGCUGGACGCGCCACAAAGGCUGUUUGCGCUUGUCCUCACACCCACGCGAGAACUUGCCUUCCAAAUUUCUGAGCAGUUUGAGGCCCUGGGCUCCUCCAUCGGCAUAAAAUCAGCUGUGGUGGUUGGAGGUAUUGAUAUGAUGUCACAGUCCCUAGCCCUGGCCAAGAAACCUCAUGUAAUUAUCGCAACUCCUGGGCGGUUGGUGGACCACCUGGAAAAUACCAAGGGCUUCAACAUCCGUGCUCUUAAAUACUUGGUGAUGGAUGAGGCUGAUCGCAUCCUUAAUAUGGAUUUUGAGACUGAGGUAGACAAAAUUUUGAAGGUGAUUCCAAAGGAGAGAAAAACAUACCUGUUUUCAGCGACAAUGACUAAAAAAGUUCAGAAGUUGCAGCGGGCAGCACUCAAAGAGCCAGUGAAGUGUUCUGUCUCUACCAAAUACCAGACUGUAGAAAAGUUGCAGCAAUACUAUGUCUUCAUUCCAGCCAAAUUUAAGGAUUCUUACCUGGUCUACAUCCUCAAUGAGCUGGCGGGAAACUCGUUCAUCAUCUUCUGCAGCACGUGUAACAACACUCAGCGCAUAGCUCUGCUCCUGCGAAACCUGGGCUUCACAGCCAUCCCACUGCACGGGCAGAUGAGCCAGAACAAGCGCUUGGGCUCCCUCAACAAAUUCAAGGGCAAGGCUCGCUCCAUUCUGUUAGCGACGGACGUUGCGAGCCGUGGGCUGGACAUCCCGCAUGUGGACGUGGUCAUCAACUUUGACAUCCCCACUCACUCCAAGGACUACAUUCACAGGGUGGGUCGAACUGCAAGGGCAGGCCGGUCUGGAAAAUCUAUCACAUUCGUGUCACAGUACGAUGUGGAGCUGUUUCAGCGUAUCGAGCAUCUCAUUGGAAAGAAGCUUCCUGCCUUCCCCACCAACGAGGAGGAGGUGAUGAUGCUGACAGAGCGGGUAUCCGAAGCCCAGAGAUUUGCUCGUAUGGAAAUGAAGGAAACCGAUGGGAAAAAGAAGAGGCCGAGGGAACAGGUUUUGGAUGAUGCGGAGGAUGCCUCCGGUGUCCGCAAGCACGUUAAAGGAGGAAAAAGAAGGAAAUAGAAACAUGCAAUAAAAAGACUCUUACUCUUCAGGGUCACAAGUAAAUUAUGGAGGAGUCCCCAAGUCGAUAGCAUAACUCCCCAAACUCAUUACGGCAGUUAAGUUGAGGUGUUCAUCCUUCUUUAAUUAAACAUUGAGUGCACACAACUGCGUCGAACCUGGCGGCAUUGGUGAACAGAUGGCUUACGGCCCCCAGUGCGCUCAUCUUUGAGAGCUGUCGUGCCCACACAUCCACAUCUUUUGCCGAGUCGUGAUGGGUUUGAUUUCAUUAUUUUCGAGCUAACUUGGAGCAUUGCUUUAUCAUUUUACGUGUCUAUGGAUCAAGUUGCCAUCUUUAUGUGAGAAUUUAAUGGGGAUAUGUUGGCAUAUAAAGAGUGAUACACUUAAUAAUGGUCUUGACAUUAGCGGCUUAUUUGGUUUCAGUGGUCAUUUUUCAAGUGAAAUUCCUGGUGUGCUACAUCGCAUUUAAAUUACCAGCCUCGCUUCAUUCCUGUGAAUUGCUUUUUCCCGUUGCUGUUGCAGAUUACUUAUUAACUGUAAUAAAUGGCUGUAUAUCAUCUGCGCUUUUCCAGUACUGUACGUGUAAAAUAUCGCAGUUACUGUUUAACCAGGUGAUUUGUAUUAUUACGCCGUGCAGUCCACACCACAGUUGUAGUUGUCAGCAGUUGAUGUCACCUACUUGUAGUGUGAACUGACGAAUGUGUAGCAAAAAAUAUACACCUCGGCACAUUCAUAAAUAAAACUCUUCAAAUAUGAAAUACAUUUGUAAAAAUGUAUAAUGUAAAAUAUAUUUAACAGGCAAAUGUUUUGGGGCAGUGGCCCUGAACGUGCUAUGAAGAAGGGCCCUUCCCCAAGACGUCGCCUAUUGUAUUUCCUUUUCAGGCAGUGCUAUAUUGAUGAAUUUGUUGAGUUUUAGUUUUUUGUGCUUGUGUACAACUGCCAAACGCAGUUUCUCCAAAUAUUUUUGUUUACCGCAACUAUACACUAUAACAGAGACUUAACGGUGAGUUUACCUCCCUGUGUAUAUUACAAGGAUGGAGCGACGUGUGCAUGAGCUUUUAAGGUUAAUUGUUUUAAUGCUAACAUGAUCAUUGUUGGAACAAUAUAUGAAAAAUGCUUUUUAGUCACUGUAAAUAUCAAAUAAAACAGGCAGCUUCAAAGUUUUUUCUUAGAGGGCAAUGAAUGAAAUUGCCUCCAAACCAUUUAAGUUCUAUCAGUAUGUGGAGUGUAUUUGUCAAACGUGAUUUGACUCUUGUGUGUCACUUGCUGAACCAUGCAGGGAGAAACCAACUUGAAUGAGCAGUCCUAACAAACAUACAUGAAACUUUGUGUCCCAGUGAUAUAAUAAACUACAGAUGCUUUUGUAUAA